AUGGUAAGAAGCCCGAGCCCUGAGGGAUCCCCCUCUGACGCAGUUCAGGCCCCCAAAUUGUCCAAAAGCGCUAAACAAGACUUGAUUCUGACUCACCUGCGCGCCACUGGAACCUGUCACACGCUCAAGGAUCUGGAGAAAACACUCCCCGCCGUAGCCUCCAUCCCCGCCAUCCAGGUCAAGGAGUACAUCCAAGCACUCACCGAUGAGGGUCAAGUGCGUGUGGAAAAGAUCGGCAGUGGAAAUUGGUACUGGAGCUUCCCCAGCGAUGAAAAGCGAGCCCGUGAGAGUCAGUUGGCCCGGGUGCGCACGGAGGUGGAGAAGACCCGACAGGCCUGCGCCGACGCCCAAGCCUUGAUUACGGAGGCGGGCCUCCGAGGAGAAGCCGAGGAGAGGGAUUCCCUGACGGCCAGAAAAGCCGAACUCCAGGCCGCAGUGGAUUGGGUACGGACUACAGAGGCCCAACGAGGAAAUUCACGCAGUACACUGCAGGCGCAGCUAGCGGGGUUUCGCCAGGAAGCGUUGCAAUGGACGGAUAAUAUCUACAUCCUGGAGGAAUACAUGCGCAAGCUGACUGGAGACCGGGCACUGGUGGAUCUGAUCUUGCAAGAGUCCUACGGAGAAGAGUAUGUGGACGGAGGAUUGGCGGAGAUGGCAGAAUCUGACCAGUAG